AUGAAGACCGAAACAAAAGAUGAGCAAAAUUUCAGUGAUGAUGAUCUCAUUUGUCCGAUAACACAAGAAAUUUUUAGAGAUCCUGUUAGAGCAGCCGAUGGCUUCGUUUAUGAACGGGACGCAAUUUCACGAUGGAUCUUGCAGAAAGGUACCAGCCCGCUUACUCGAAAACCGCUAAGAAUCGAUGAAUUACGUCCAGACGAAAAAAUUCGACACCUCGCCCGUCGUCGCCGACGUUCAACAGUCAGCUAUGAUGCACGAAACGAUACAGUUUCACUACCUCCUCUUAGGCUAGUGCCAAGGGCUACUAAUCAAAUCUCUCCAAUACCUGUGCGUCCAUGUCAAACAGUGCCAAGCGCUACUAAUCAAAUCUCUCCAAUACCUGCGCGUCCAUGUCAAACAGUACCACGAGUUCCAAGAGUGGAGUGCUCGAAAAAACGAAUGGUUAAAUUAUUAUUUCUUCUAUUUUCAAUUUGUACCAUUGUUGGUCCAAUCGUUGGAAUGGUUCUAGGUAUGUUAUCACUUUAUUACUAUCGAGGAAAAGUUCAGUUUAUAAUAACAUAA